CUAUAAUGUGUUCAUGUCGUCUGUUAGAACGUUACGUUAUAAAGCUGAAUUUUAGAGCGACAUUGUUACUGUCGGUGCUGUGAGAGGAUUCAGGAUUAGUUACAGUGGGUGGAGCUUCUGUAAACAAAAGGACCGCACAAUGAUGGCAGCCAAUUCACCCUAUCUGCCCUUGAGGGAAUUUUGCCCCCUGUACUACCUGCUGAACUCCAUCCCUGCCAAAGUUCAGAAGGGCUUCCGCUCCGUCCUCGUCUAUCUCACCGCGCUGGACAGCAGCAGCGACUACAUUGCUGUGGGUAGCAGCAUCGGCAUGCUAUACCUGUACUGUAGGAGAGUAAGCCAGAUGAACAAGUACAACCUGGAGGGGAAAAGCGAGGCCAUCACUGUAGUGAAAUUGCUGAGUUGUUUCGAUGACCUGGUGGCGGUGGGUACAGCGUCAGGUCGGGUUGCUCUCUUUCAGCUGGUGUCACAACUGCCAGGACGGAAUAAACAGCUCAGACGUUUUGACGUUGUUGGCCUUCAUAAGAGCACAGUGACGGCGUUAGCAUGGAGCGCAAAUGGCAUGAAACUCUUCUCUGGUGAUGAUAAAGGCAGAGUGGUCUACUCAGCUGUGGACUUGGAUCAGGGGGUGUGUAACCCGGUGCUGCUGUUGGAGGAGCCAUCAGCUAUAGUUCAGCUGGAGUACAGUCAGAAAGUGCUUCUGGUUUCUACUACUCAGCGCUCUCUUCUGUUUAACACACAAGAGCAAUCCUUACAGCAGCUGGGGACCAAACCUAGAAAAACCAACGGCAAGUUCGGCGCCUGCUUUCAGCCAGCACUGUGCAAGCAGAGUGACCUGUUGGUCUAUGCAUCACGGCCUGCCCUUCGUCUCUGGAGAACAGACGUGCGAGGGCAUGUGCAGGAGACGCAUGUCCUCAAGCCACUCUUCAACCAGGAUGUGCCUCAGUUUGAGCUCUUUCCCCGCUCAAGUCCCAACGGAGCCUACCGGCCCACAGACAGACAGCUGGGCCUGGUGAACUGCUUUCUCAAGGAGGGCUGGGUGCUCAGCUGGAACGAGUACAGCGUCUACAUAGUGGACUCAACCAAUCAGGUCAUCAUCGGCGGGAUGGAAUGCUGUGGAGACAUAGUGUCCGUGUCCUGCACAGAAAAUGAGAUCUUCAUUUUAAAAGGGGACCGAGAUAUUAUACGCAUCUCCAACUGUCCUGAAGGAUUAGUCACCAACAUGUCAGAUCUGUCCUUCCGUCUGGCCUCCCCUCUCACCACCCCAACCAUCCUGCUCCCUCCGAAUGGCGCUGUGGAAAUGGCUCAGCCAAUCAGGACAAUGGCCAUCAUCGCCGAGCCAGAUCAGGAGCCGAAGCCGGAUGAAUGUGAGGAAGCGGAAGAAGAGGCCAAGGAGGCGCAUGAGGAGUUCAGCCAGGCGCUGGAGGCACUAGAGGUGGCUGAGGAGGUUGAGAGCCAGAAGAAGUCCUCAGUGGACAUGCGAAGCCGGAGCAGCUCCAUCACGUCGUGGGAAAGCACACAGGGCACGUCGGAUCUUUCCUCCAGCCGCUACAGCACCAUCACGCAGGAGGACUUUCAGCAGGAGCUGGUGGUCAAACCAGUGAAGCUGAAGAGGAGAGGCAAGAGGAUAAGGCACGAGAGCGGGAACUGUGUAAAUGAUCGCAGCAGCUGGUCAGAGAGCAUGUUCAGCCAGGAUGGUGCAGCCAGCGACGGCCUCUCCACACCUGCCAGUGCGCCACCCUCGGACCGAACCAGCCUCAUGUGCAGCAGCCUGGACUUUCACAGCAACGGCUCGCCUGAUCAAGAAGGCUCUGUCUGCAUAGACCCCUUCAGCCCCGACACAUAUUUGAUGCAAAACCUUCAAGAACCCUUACAAGUUCCCAACCAGGAGCUUAAAGAGCGGAAGAGCAGCGAGAGCCUCGUUAGCAAAACGGCAGAUGACCUGCCGCCGUGCCCUACAUCCCUCUGUCUACAAGACAUGGACUCCCAGUCUGAUGGUGAUGUCAUUAAUGUUGAACAGAGUCAAGCACGUACAGCGGUCACACCAGACGUGGACAUGUUGCUAGAGUGCACCUUCUCCUAUGUUCAUGCUGCUAACGAGGAGGCACCUGAGGCCGAAGCUGGACACGUAUGUAAUCCAGAGCUUCAACCUAAAGAAGAUUUGGAAAAAGAUUUUGACAUGGAUAUAAUGCAAUAUUCCAUUAGGCCAUUGGCUUACACCCCAGAGCCAGAGCCAGAACUAUCACCCUCAAGUGAUGAGGAGGACAUAUACGCACAUGGUGUGCCAUCCGCUGCUAGUGUGGGCGAUGAGCUUAAUACUCUAGGUGUUCAGAAUACAUGCUCAAACCAGACAGAGCAGGAGGACACACGGCUUCACAAAGCAGACCAGCUGGCUGAGAGCUGGAUGGGCUACACUGGGCCGGGUUGUGGCAUCCUUAGCCUGGUAGUGACGGAGCGGAAUGUCUGGUGCCUGGAUUUCAAAGGGAUCCUGUACUGCACCAGCCUUGCCAACGGCACCCUGAGCUGGCAGAGGUUUGAGGAGAAUGUCCAGCAGGUGGCAUUGUCACCUUCAGGCUCGUUGCUGUGGAAGGUAGAACAAAAGUCCAUGGCCGCAUAUGCUUGUGGAAAAGUCACCAUCAAGGGAAAAAGGCACUGGUACAAAGCCAUGGAUGAGACAGCCUUUGUGGCACUGAGUGAUGAUACUGCCUGGAUCAUACGCACCAGCGGAGACCUUUAUCUCCAGACAGGGCUCAGCGUGGACCGGCCGUGUGCAAGGUCAGUGAAAGUGGACUGUCCGUGUCCCAUGGCACAGAUAGCAGCACGGGGCAGUGUGGUGUGGGCACUCAGCGAGCACAGGGCUCUGUUCUACAGAGAAGGCCUCAGCAGCUACUGCGCAGAAGGUGAACAGUGGAAAUAUGACAAAGUCAGUGAAGGCCAGCAUCUAGAACCCAUCUGUAUUGCUCUGGGUGAGAAUAAUACACUGUGGGCUCUGGAUACCGUCGGCAGUCUGUGGUUCAGAACUGGGGUGACGGCUAAGAAGCCCCAGGGUGAAGACGAGCACUGGUGGCAGGUGAGCAUCACGGACUAUGUGGUGUUCGAUCAAGGAGGUCUUUUCCAGACCUUGAUCCAGGCUACCCAAAGUGUCGCUACGGCCACCAAGGCUCCGGUGGAAAGGGUGGCAGAGCGACUGCGUGUGGCAUUCCUCUGGCAGCAGUCUCAGUGUCAUCCCAGCCUGGUCAGCGCCAACCGCAGCGGUGUGUGGAUUGCCUCAGGCCGUAACGACUUCCACGUGGCUAAGGGGAGCCUCGUUGGAACCUACUGGAGGACAGUGGUACCAAGAGGGAUAGCUUCAGUGACCAAGUGGGCAUUUGUGUUUUCAUCUGAAGUCCCAACCAAAGAGGGAAGUUAUCUGUGGCUGGGCCAGAGCAGAAAAGACCUCUUCUGCGUCUGGGACCAUGAUCUGCAGAUGCGCCCCCUCACCGUCCAGCUGCCUUCAGACGUCGAAAUCAUUCAGCUGUCAGCAUGCAGAGACGCUCUGUGGAUCCUGGACCAGCACGGCCGCGUCCACAUCCGCACGCUCACCGCCAACUGUCCCGCCGGCCUGCACUGGACACCACUCGAUCUCAGCCAGCUUGGGCGUGUGAGGCUUCUGAGCUUUUCCUGUGGUAGUCAGAACGUGUGGGCAUGUGACGCCAGUGGUAUAGUCUAUUUUCGAGUGGGAACACAACCUCUAAACCCCAGCAUGAUGCUCCCAGCCUGGAUCUGUAUCGACUCUCCCGAGCAGCCUGUUGGUGUACACUUGGUGCGUGUUCAGACCAGCCCUAACGACCACAUGCUGUGGGCUUUGGACAACAGGGGCAACGUGCACGUGCGCACUGGCAUUACCGAGGAGAUGCCAGUGGGGACGGCCUGGGAGCACAUUCCUGGCCUCCAGGUCAGUCAACUAGUGCUGAGCUCUAGAACCGCAUGGGUGCGCUGUGCCAAUGGCGAGGUGGCUCGACGAUACGGCAUUUCAGAAAAGAACCCAGCUGGAGAUUACUGGAAGAAGGUACCAGGCCUAGCAAACUGGCUGGCAGUGACUCCGACAGAUGAGCUCUGGGCCGUUACCCCAGCUGGUGCUCUCACUCAGCGCCUCACUAAGACCCUACUGCACAGCGCUGGUAAAAAUCCCACAAACACAGGCUCUGCGAGUGGGGAGGAACUGGAGGAGGAAUGGGAGGUGAUCUAAACCGUUAGCUGAAACACUGCUUCUUGUAUAAAUGGUUCUGUUUAUUAGUUGCUGAGCACUUUACACUUUUUGUUUUAUAUUGUGUGUACAGAGGUGAAAGGGAUUAAGUGUACAGGACCUUUAAAGGUUGGGUUUUGUAGAACAGUCUCAGCAGGGUGUACAUGUUUUAACUGUCUCAAUGCACCUUGUAACAUGCAUAUUUGUUUUAUUAACUGGUUCAACCAAAUUGUAUUUGAUUUUUAAUGUGAAGCUUCUUGGUACAUUAAUCUAGGAUUUUUUUUAAUUUUGUAAGGAAAAAAUUCUGGUCUGCACCAGUGCACUUGGUCAGGAGUGGAAUGUAACACAGAUUAGUUUACUGUGAGCUAGGUUAGUAUCUGUAACACCCUAAAUCUAUGGUUAUUAGGAGUAUCACUGUUUAAUUACGGCCCUGUGUUCACUGAACUGACUUUUUAAAUCGUUUCUUCAUGCGUUCAGAAAAGCCCAAAUUUUAUUAAGCUAGCUAAAGUUCACACUACUCGACUUUCCAAGUCAUCAGGUCGCUGUACAGUUCACACUACACGACUAGAUCUCUUGUAAUCGGGAGUCUUUCAAGUCGGUGUGGCUUUUACACUACACGACUGAUCGGUGAUAGGGGGUUUCACACUACACCAUCUAUCACCAACUGGAAUCACAGGCGAGCUUCUCUGGUCUCCCAAACUACGUUUUGUCACGAAAACACACGCAAGAGGUGACGAGGGGUUUACUGAUACCAUGUCCAAACAUUCGCGUUAACAAGUAGCGAGCGAUCAAAGUUUGUGCACUGAUGUGCAGCGUAAAAUCAAGGAGAAAAAAUAAAUUAACCUGAGUGGAUUUGGCAACGCGAACAGCUUGGAUUGUUCUACAGUGAGUUGGAGGUUAAUAAAUAUUUUUUGCAAUG